UCGCCAUACAGACUGUUUUAAGAACAUACCUGUUACACUUGCCAAAAAACAUCAGCUCGUGAUUGCCUCUGACUUGCACUCUUCUGACCAUAAGACACCUUUAAUGGUAAAUGUUGGCUCAUCAGUACCAGUUGAUGUUCUGAAAAGUGAUAUCGCAGUAGCUAUAAAGCAAAGAUUACCAGAUGAAACUGAUGUCCAUAUUACAAAAAGCGUGUCAUACAAUGGCAUGAACUACAGCACAGGAAUGAUAGUUGUUCAUGGGCAAUUAUUUGGUUUGCCAGAGUUUGCAGAAAUUCUGCAGAUUUUUAUUUUGCAUGGCAGAAUAUACUUUUUUGUAAAAAAGUUCUCUGCUUGGUAUCGAGAGCACUUCAGAGCUUUUGAACUUGACAUGUCACAUGUGAGAGAGGUGUCUCUGAUUGAGCAUGGGGAACUACUCGAUGACUACCCGUUAGCUGCCUAUUCAGUGGGAGGCCUGCGUCUGGUUACUCUGAAGAGACACACUAACUUGCAGGGUAAACAGGAGUGAUGUUUGUCAACAUGAUGGCCCAGCCCAUAAGACUGAGGAUCAUUCUCGGAGAAGAUGAUGCCAGGAAACUAAUUUUACCAGCUGGGAUAUCAGACUCCAUUGAGGAAUUGUGUCAGGAAGUAAAGACAAAUUUUGGAGUGCAACAGGAUUUUCGUCUUCAAUAUCAAGAUCCUGAUUUCGGAAAUGAGUUCGUAAAUCUGACUGCGAUCUCUGAAAUUAAUGAUAAAGCAACUUUAAAGGUUGUAUACUUGGAUAGUGUGCAGUUGCAAAGUUUUACAGAAGAUGAGGGAGUGACGUGUCAACCAGUGCGAAGUCCAACACAUUCCUUUUCAAGCUCUUCAGCAGACACAGACAAUACAAGGCCCGUUUCAUCGUCAGGUUCAUCACCGUCUACAAGACUGUCAGUGUGGCCAAGUGUCUUCACAGUCCCUCGUUUCAGCUAUGAGGCUGAACUGCAACUUGAAAAGGCCAAUGCUGAGUUCAUUGCUGGUGGAACUCAUUUGACCCCCUCACCAAAACUGAAAUCCCACCUUUUAGAAAGGCUGGCUGAAGAAAUAAUAAAAUUUAAAGUCUAUCCAACUGACAAUGACCUGAAUGAAGUUGCAGAAGCCCUUGUCAAACAGCAUCCUUGUCUGAGGGAGCAGGGAUCCUUCAAUGGCUGUUAUGGUUGGAAAAUUGGCCUCAAGUAUAAAAUGGCCAAUGUCUGGACCAAACUGAGAGGCCUAGGCUGUGCUGAGGUGUUGGUAAAUUCACUAAAGAACAAGGCCCAAGACAAAAGUCAGGCAGCAUUGAAUGUGAAAAAGCCUAAAAGAGCAGAAGUCAAUUACUGUCCGCAGUAUCCAAAAGGAGAAACUACUGACAGCCUGGAAAAAGAGAGAAUUGCACUGCUUUCAGAGGUUCAGAAGAGAAACAAUGACAAUAUAGUGACAAUGAAAAUGCAGAAGACUUUUUCGUACAGAAGGCAAGAAGUUAUUCAAGGACAGCCCUUCAUUGCAGAUUUUAAAAGCAGAUGGCCAGCUCUGUUCACCGAGAAAGAGGUGCAUGUCCUAUAUGUCUAGCUUUAUGUCGCAAGUAGGGCUGCCACAAACGAUUAUUUUGAUAGUCGACUAGUCACCGAUUAUUUUUGCGAUUAGUCGACUAAUCAGAUCAAGCAUCCAUUGAACGUAAAACAUACAGCUUAUUGCACCAGCAUGCAUCUGCUCUUAUAUAACUA